UAAUUUGGAAAGUGUCCUUCCAUAUUCCAAUAAGCUCCAACUUUAUUUCAACAGUGAAAGAUGGGUAACUCUCUUCAAACUCAAAAUCUUUCACUCUCCUCUCCGUCGAAUCUAUGACCAUGGAAGCUCUCUCAACUUCAUCGUACAUCUCCAAUCUGCCCCAGAUAAAUCCUAUCUUCAAAUCCUCGCUACCUUCUUCUCAGUCAUGUAAUUCGCCAGCCAAUCGAAUCCCCAAGCUGAGAAUCAGAGACGGAUCAAGCCGCGGGGGGCUUCGAAUACAAGCUCUCUUACACGACGACGACACGCCAAGCGAAGAAGGUGACGCCGAAAGCAGUGGGCUUGGCCUUUUCCCUGGAGAAGAUGUCUUCUCUCUAUCACAGACAUCUCUUGCACUUCCUCCUCAGGGUUCUGGUGGGAACCGAGGUGGGCUUUUUAGGACUCCCAUAUCUGGUGGAGUUCAGAAUGCUACAUCCGCUCAUGCGUUACCUCCACCUGCUUUAGCUGUACGUAACUUGCUUGAACAGGCUAGGUUUGCUCAUCUAUGCACAGUCAUGUCUAAGAUGCACCAUCGCAGGCAAGGUUACCCUUUUGGCUCUUUGGUCGAUUUUGCACCUGAUCGUAUGGGCCAUCCAAUUUUUUUAUUUUCACCGUUGGCCAUCCACACAAGAAAUCUCUUGGCUGAACCUAGAUGCAGUCUCGUUGUUCAGAUGCCUGGAUGGAGUGGCUUAUCGAAUGCAAGAGUGACAUUCUUUGGUGAUGUGUACCCAUUGUCCCAAGAUGAACAGGAGUGGGCACAUAAACAAUAUAGUGCAAAGCACCAUCACGGACCUUCCGAGCAGUGGGGAAACUUCCACUAUUUUAGAAUGCACAACAUUAGUGAUAUAUAUUUCAUUGGAGGUUUUGGCACUGUCGCUUGGGUUGAUGUCAAAGAGUAUGAGGCUUUACAGCCAGAUAAAAUCGCUGUUGAUGGUGGUGAGCAUAACCUCAAGGAACUAAAUGCUAUCUUCUCAAAGCCGCUUAGGGAGCUACUGUCUACUGAAUCAGAAGUAGACGAUGCGGCACUCAUCUCUAUAGAUAGCAAAGGUAUAGAUGUACGUGUUCGUCAAGGUGCUCAGUUUAACAUACAAAGGCUAGCAUUUGAGGAAGGUCAUGGCGUUGAAACACUAGAAGAAGCUAAAGCUGCACUAUGGAAAGUGAUGGAGAAGGCGAAGCUAAACCAUUUGCAGGGAUGACCAAGAUCCUGGAAUUUGCAGAAAUGACAAUUCCCCUUUAGAAUCAAAAUGUUGUUUGAUUCCUCUCUCCCACUUUCUCAACUAGCUGAAAUUUUGAAGUUUCUUUUUGUUUUUACCCUUAUUCUAUAGAGUGUCCAAAAGAUGUCUCUCUGUUUGAUAUUUGCAAAUUGACACUUACAGAUCUUGUAUUAAAUGCAUUUGAGAAGACAACAGUAAGAUGAUGAAGAAAGAAAACAAA